AUGUUUUUUAAAGGGCGACAUCUCACGCUGGCUCAGACCAUUUUGGUGAUUUUUCCAAGUUUCAUACUCUUUGGUUAUAAUCAAGUUGGAGUUGGUGGCUUGUUGGCUUUCGAAAGCUGGACCCAAACAUUCCCCGAGAUCGAUACCACGCAUAUUGAAAAUGACGGAACAUCCUACAAUUCAGUUAUUCAAGGAGUCUACGUAUCCUCAUUUACCCUCGGAGCACUCGUUGGUGCUUUCUCAUGUUCGGUGCUAGGGGACUGGCUGGGUCGACGCAAGACUAUCUUCAUCGGCGCUUGUCUGACCCUGAUUGGAGAGAUUAUCUCCUGUACCUCGUUUCACCUACCUCAGCUUACUGUGGGACGCAUCAUCACCGGACUAGGUGUUGGAGAGCUGAGUACUAUCACCCCAGUCUGGCAAUCUGAAUGCUCUCCGGCCAUCAAUCGAGGUGCUCAUGUUGUCGUCGAUGGCAUCUUUAUCACCAGCGGCUACAUGGUCUCGUCGUGGAUCAACUACGGCUUCUCUCACGUCGAGGAGUCGUCUGUUUCAUGGCGUGUUCCUCUCGCCAUUCCCUGUGUCUUUUCAAUCAUGCUCAUGGCCUCCAUUUUCUUCUUCCCCGAAUCCCCACGCUGGCUCGUUAGUUCGGGUCGACGAGAUGGCGCCGCCCACUCCCUCGCCCGAAUCAAACAGACUUCACCAGACGACCCGAAUAUCCGACAAGAAGUAUCCACAAUUGAGCUCUCCCUCGAAGAAACCUCCCGCACGGCAGCUACAAUGAAAGAUAUAUUCACCAUGAAAGACGGCAAGCUCUUCUACCGCUUCAUGCUCUGCAUGGGUCUACAAUUCUUCAUCCACAUGACGGGCGCCAACGUGAUCAGCACCUACGUGACGACCAUCUUCCAGCAAGACCUCGGUCUAUCGAGCGAUCUGUCACGUAUUUUAGCUGGGUGUGCGCUAACGUGGAAAUUUCUUGCCUCGUUCGUCGCCUUCUUCACGAUCGAUCGGUUCGGACGACGCAAGCUUUUCCUUUUCACUGGCACCGGACUCACCCUCUGCAUGACGGGAUUGGCUAUCACGAAUAGCCUCCCGGAUAGCAACAAGCCUGCUUCGAUAUUUAGUGUCAUUUUCAUUUUCUUGUUCAACUUCUUCUUCCCGAUUGGCUUUCUGGGCACUUCGUUCUUGUAUUGUACGGAAGUUGCGCCGGUUCGUCUACGCGUGGCAACGACUUCCAUCUCUACGGCGAAUCACUGGUUAUGGAACUUUGUCGUCCAAAUGAUCACCCCGGUCGCCCUGGCCCAAAUCGGAUACAAAUACUACAUUGUCUAUGCACUGAUCGCAUUCUGCUUCCCCAUCGCUGCGUAUUUCUUCUACCCCGAAACAAUGGGCCAGAGUCUUGAGAAGAUUGAAGAGCUGUUCCAGCGGGAUAUAUCUGUGUUUGAAACCGUCUCGGCUGCACGACGCAUGACGAAGUGGCCUGAGUUGGAUGGACAGGUGGGCGACGACACGAAGACCAAGGUGGAGUGCAUUGAGGACUCGGGUGAUGAGAAGCAGGUUUAA